CUCAGCAUUAAUCCCUCCAAUUGGGGUGAGGGUGGAGGGCGUGGCCUCAUACCUGAGCAGGCAGGUGAGCACCGGGGAGUCAAGUUCAUUCUCUGCCAGCAGCCGUGAGCCUGGACCACCAUGCUGUCCUCGUUGGGUGCCACACAGAGGUGCUUUGGGGCCAUUGUCCUCUUGGUCCUGACCCUGUUUCUGCUAGCCAGCCUCCAGCACAUGGAUGUCACCGUGUUCUUACCCCUGCUCAGGGACCAGGCUGAGGCGCCACCCAUCACCAACGUCAUGUUCCUCAAGACGCACAAGACCGCCAGCAGCACCGUGCUCAACAUUCUCUUUCGAUUUGCGGAGACGCACAACUUGUCCGUGGCGCUGCCCGCUGGCUCGCGCCUCCACCUGGGCUACCCCUGGCUCUUCCUGGCACGCUAUGUGGAGGGCGUGAAGCAGGGUGGCACCCAGCCACGUUUCAAUGUCAUGUGCAACCACCUGAGGUUUAACCUGCCUGAGGUGCAGAAAGUCAUGCCCAACGAUACUUUCUACUUUUCCAUCCUCAGAAACCCCGUCUUCCAGCUGGAAUCUUCCUUCAUCUAUUACAGAGACUACGUCCCCGCCUUCAGGGACGCCGCGAGCCUGGACACCUUCCUGGCCUCCCCGCUCACCUACUACAACCGGAGUCGGAGCCUGCGAAACGCCCACGCCAGGAACAACAUGUGGUUCGACCUGGGCUUUGACUCCGACGCGCCCGCGGAGGAGAGCUACGUGCGCGCGCGCCUGGCUGAGGUGGAGCAGCGCUUCCAGCUGGUGCUCAUCGCCGAGCACUUCGACGAGUCCAUGGUGCUGCUGCGGCGCCGGCUGCGCUGGCAACUGGACGACAUCGUGUCCUUCAGGCUCAACUCGCGCAGCCAGCGCAGCGUCACCAGGCUGACGCCCGAGGGCCAGGAGCGGGCCAAGCGCUGGUGCGCCCUGGACUGGCGCCUCUACCAGCACUUCAAUCGCAGCUUCUGGGCCCAGGUGCGCGCGGAGCUGAGUCCGAGGCGCCUGCGCUCCGAGGUGGCGCGGCUGCGGGCGCGGCGGCGCGAGCUCACGGCCCUGUGCCUGCAGGACAGCAAGCCCAAGGACAAGCAGCAGAUCACUGACCGCCGCCUGCGCCCCUACCAGUCUGGCGACGCCGACAUCCUGGGCUACAACCUCCGGCGGGGCUUGGACAACCAGACGCUGCAGGUGUGCCAGAGGAUGGUCACACCUGAGCUCCAGUACAUGGCCCACCUGUAUGCCCUGCAGUUCCCGGAGAAGCCCCCCAAGGACAUCUCCUUCCUGGAGGAGUAGCCCCGCCCGACUGUUGCCAGCCCCUCUGCUGUCACCCUGGGAGGCCUCGGGCAUGGCCUCAGGAACAGAGCAGGGCUCCUGGGGCAUCUGGAGACCCAGUCUCCCCAGACCAUGGGUCUUGUGGGUGAGGAUGUCUAUGAAAAGAACUACCCGUGACCCACCCUCUUGAUGAGGGACCCAAAUCUAAGACAGUAGGCACACAUGACGUGUGAGGAUGUGAACCUAGUCGCCAAAUAGAAAAGUCUUACAAGGUAAGAAAGUGAGAGUGAUAGUUAAUGACAUGUCAACACGCAGCCCAUCAGGGGGGCAGGAGCCCAGGCAGUG